GCCCAGCACUUGUGCUUUUAAAAUAAUUCGUGUAUUCGCCAGAUAGGGAAUCCGCUUCAAUUCCCGCGGAUUGGACUUCUUUUUUUCUCUUUUUCAUCUACUCUCCUUUGGAAAAGGCUGUGCUUUAAUCUCUCUCACAAUGGCGUGGACUGUGCACGAGGACGAGUACAAGACGGAGGGCUACGACAAUUUGGAGGAGAUACUGCAAUACGUUGUCCACACAGAAGAAGCUGCUCCACCGAAGGCAACUGGCAAGUAUACCAAGAGCUCUCAAGUUUUCGCCACGCCGUCUCCGCUGACCGCGGCGGCGCUGAGCUCACCCAUCAAGCAGCACCAUCUCGCCAAUGGAGCGCCGUGGCAGCCGCAGAACCACAUUGCCAGCAACUCCUCCCUCCCUACGAUGGGCGGUCCGUACGCGGCGCUGCAAACCACACCGCAGCGACGCUACGCCAACAACAGCGGCGGCAGCGGCCGCUUCACCGGCAACGGCGGCAGUCAGUACGACCGCACGCCGAAAAGUAUGAGCGGUAGUGAGUCCUAUGCCCCGUCGCCUAAUGCAGGGAGACGAGGCAUGGGGACGGGAAUGGGAAUGACACCGAAGGACCACGCGAUGAGCAUGGACAUGAACAACAUGCCCGUACCUGACCUGAUGAUGCCGAAGGACGGCCUCUCUACCCACGACAUGGUGGGUGGCGGCAGUGGCAGCAGCGGCGGCGCCUAUGGUGACUGGUCAGCAAGUGGCAGCAAAUACGCGCAGAGUGGCUCCAUUACAGCCGACAGCCUGCGCGGGAAAGUGUACGAAACGGCGAAGGACCAGCACGGGUGCAGAUAUCUGCAGCGGUGGCUCGACACGAGCUGCGACCAAGAAGCUGUUCACGUGCUGAUGGACGAAAUCAUCCCCCACGUCGCGGAGCUGAUGACGGACCAGUACGCGAAUUUCUUGGUCCAGAAACUGUUCGACAUUAUGCCAGACGACGUGCGGUACAAGGUGGCACUGGUGGCAGCGCCACAGAUUUCCAUGAUCGCCCUCACGCCGCACGGCACCUUUAGUGUUCAAAAGAUGAUCGAAACCAUUUCCACCCGUGAUGAGGUGGAGAUCAUUCGCGAGGCGCUGUCAAAGGAUGUUGUGCGGCUUGUGAAGGAUGCGCAUGGGAAUCACGUUAUUCAGAAAGUGCUGCAGCGCUUCGACUUCGACGACAAGGAGUUCAUCUACAAGGCGGUGGCAACCGACUGCAUUAGCGUUGCAAAGAACAAGCAAGGCUGUUGCGUGUUGCAGCGCUGCCUGGAGUACGCCUCGCCGCGGCAGAAUAAAGCCCUCGUGGACCAGGUGCUGUCGUGUUGCUUGCACAUCGCGCAGGACCCUUUUGGUAACUACGUCCUUCAAUACAUUCUGGAGGCGCACGACAGCAAGAUCAACGACACCAUCGCCCUCGCGUUCCUUCCCCACCUUGUCCACCUCUGCAUGAAUAAGUUCAGCUCUAACGUGAUGGAGAAGGUGCUGCGGGGCGCCACGCAACCGGUGCAGGAGAUGUACGUGGAGGAGAUGUGCAACCCUGAGAUCAUCUCGCGUCUUAUCCAGGACGACUUUGGCAACUACGUGCUGCAAACGGCGCUGUCCAUCAACGCCCCGGCGCAGGCGGAGCAGCUGGUGCACGCCCUUCGCCCCUUCAUGCCGCUCAUCAAGAACGCCCCGUACGCAAAGAAAUUGGAGGGCAAGAUGGAGGCCGUCGCUCGCAAGACGGAGGGCAGCAGCUAUCGCCCGCCGCGCGAAUACGACAUCGUGAGCCGUCCAGCCAACACGGGAAGUCCGCACGGCAAGUACGAUCGCUCGCCGAAAUACGGGCAUCCACAUUACAUGGGACCUAUGGAGCAGAAGCAGCACCCGACCUCGUGGCAGACAUCGUGA